UAAUGAUAGAUAAUAAUAAAGCAUCUAUCAAAAGUUUCUGGGUGAUAUCCAUAUAAUAAUUAAUUAAUGGGAAGGCAACCUUGCUGUGAUAAACUUGGAGUGAAGAAGGGGCCAUGGACAGCUGAGGAAGACAGUAAGCUCAUGGCCUUCAUCCUCACCAAUGGCCAAUGCUGCUGGCGGGCCGUGCCGAAGCUUGCCGGCCUUCGCCGCUGCGGCAAGAGCUGCCGUCUCCGGUGGACUAAUUACCUCCGCCCUGACCUCAAGAGAGGACUUCUAAGUGAAACUGAGGAGAAACUGGUCAUUGAUCUUCAUGCUCUUCUUGGUAAUAGAUUUGGAAUUGUAGUUGCUGAAUUUGUCUAUAAUAAGGACACUUACACCGGAAGAUGGUCGAAGAUUGCUUCAAGAUUACCAGGAAGGACAGAUAAUGAGAUCAAAAAUCAUUGGAACACCCACAUUAAGAAAAAACUUCUUAAGAUGGGAAUAGAUCCUGUUACACAUGAACCUAUCAGCAACUACCCAAAGACAACAAAUGAUAGUCAAUCAUCGAUAACCACUGACAAACCGCCGGCAACCUCUUCGCCGGACUCUGACAAAACAUGUGAUCAACAUCAGGUAGAAGCUGUACCUCAUAGUACAUCCCCCAUAGAUGGCACCUCAGAAGAGCAGAGCUCUUCCUCUAUUACCACCAAUGAUGAAUCCCAUCUGAUCAUAGAUAUCAUGGGUGAUGAAGACGAUCCCCUGCUCAGCUCCUUACUCGAAAACCAUGCAACAAUUCCUCCAUCACCUACUGUUGACCAGCCGUCAUUAAUCUUUGACUUCAAUGAUCUUAAUAUCCCAACAUUGGUUGACAAUGACUUGGAUUGGCUGUUAAACUGUCAAGAUUUCGGGAUCAAUGGUUUUGGAUGUGAUGAUUGCUUCAACGAUGACACUGCGGAAUUGCACAUUUUCAACACCGUAGAAUCUGACGACAAGUCACAAUAAUUUCACUAUAUUAUUAUUAAGAUAAGAAAAUCAUUACUACUACUGUCAAGUUAAAUGCAAUCAAGAAUGUCUUCAUAGGUAGGUAGCUAGAUUAACAUCAAAGUACAAGAAGUUCUUCAACACUAAGUGGUACUGGUCAUGCUACACAAAGGUAACAUGAUAUCUGUAUAAUAAAGUGAGGUAGUUUUUUUAGUAGUUUAUACGUAGUACCCUGGAAGAUAUAUUGAAGAAAAAUCCAAUUGAAAAUGAUGAGUUGUUAGUUUCCAAAUUGUAUUUGAUCUUGUACUUUUAAAAAAAUUGUCUCUCAUAGGCCAUAUUGUGAGUUGUGACUACAAUAUAAUGAGUUUUCCUAGAAAGGAAUUCAACUUUGCUCCACAUUUGAGACAAAA